AACAUUAUGUUGCCUUACUCAAAACAAUCUCGGAUGCAACGUACGCCAAGCACCAACUUCCCCUGCACUGUGCAAUCGGGGGAUGCAUUGAAUUAAGGCUCCGAGUGUCCAGAUACACUACUUGACUUGCGUGUGUGCGGCUUGCAGUUCAAACUCGGUAAUCAUGCAUCUUGUGUCUUGGGUAGUGAUAACGUUACUUUCCGUCUGCAGUUUAGAAGGAACACCACAAAUGUAUGAAAGACAAGCCAAGCUGCGAGAACAGCUGACGGUCCAUGAGAUCGUGACUCCGACGCGGGUCACCGACUGCGGGCAAGCCUUCCCCUCCACGAUGCAUUACAGGCGGAGAAAGAGGAGUGCAGACGCCGACCCGUGGGCCUUCGCCACCAACUACAGAAUCAGAGCAUUCGGCCAAUUCUUUCACCUCAAUUUAACCGCCGACUCCGAGUUCAUCGCGCCGGUCUUUACCGUUAUACACCUCGGGGCACAAGCUAACGCGACCAACUUUAGCCAGGGAGACUCUACUGACACCAAACAUUGUUUCUACACUGGGCACGUCAACCAGGAAUCCAAGCACACAGCUGUGAUUAGCCUCUGUUCCGGACUCCUUGGCACCUUCAAGUCACACGAUGGGGAGUACUUCGUCGAGCCUCUUGUCUUGCCAAAUGGCGAAGAAUUUGACGAAGAGCACAAUAAGCCUCAUAUUGUAUACAAACACGAGGCAUUCAAGAACAAAGAGGCAAGGGAAGUCACUGACGUUUGUGGCAACUCAGGUCAUAAAAAUAGCCUAAAUAAAAACAAGUGGAAUGAAGGACUAUCCAGCAACGCUUUGUCAGAUCUGGAGCGGCUCAGAAGUAGCGUUGCCACGCACAACGUCGGCGGCACGGAUAACGAAACCGCGGGCGCUGGGAAGCACAAGCGAACAAAACGUUUCCUCUCCUACCCCCGAUACGUCGAGGUUAUGGUGGUAGCUGACAACAGGAUGGUGGAACACCAUGGAGCCAAUUUACAACAUUACGUCCUUACUUUAAUGUCCAUUGUGGCCACUAUCUAUAAAGAUCCAAGUAUUGGGAAUCUUAUCAAUAUAGUAGUUGUGAAACUAGUUGUUAUAAAUAGUGAGCAGGAAGGUCCAGUUAUUUCAUUCAAUGCUCAGACAACUUUGAAAAACUUCUGUAUCUGGCAGCAAACACAGAACAAUGCAGAUGAAAAUCAUCAUUCUCACCAUGACACGGCAGUACUUAUCACAAGGCAAGACAUUUGCAGAGCUCGAGAUAAGUGUGACACAUUGGGUCUGGCAGAGCUGGGGACCGUAUGUGACCCUUACAGAAGUUGUUCCAUCAGUGAAGACAACGGAUUAAGUACCGCUUUUACAAUAGCCCAUGAACUUGGACACGUGUUUAAUAUGCCUCAUGACGACAGUAAUAAAUGUAAAGAGGAUGGAGGCAAAAACCAGCAGCAUGUGAUGGCUCCGACACUGAACUAUUAUACCAACCCCUGGAUGUGGUCCAAAUGUAGCAGGAGAUACGUCACUAACUUCUUAGACACAGGAUAUGCUGAAUGUUUACUUGAUGAACCUGUAACCAGAACAUAUACACUCCCUCAUCAGCUUCCUGGACAGAUUUACAACGUGGACAAACAAUGUGAAUUGAUUUUUGGCUCUGGGUCUCAGGUGUGUCCUUACAUGACACAAUGCCGUCGUCUUUGGUGCACAAGUACUGAAGGAGUCCAGAGAGGCUGUCGGACGCAGCAUAUGCCCUGGGCGGACGGCACAGAAUGUGAGCCUGGAAAGCACUGCAAGCAUGGCGUGUGCAUUGCCAAGGAUCCCAUGGAGGUUGCUGCAGUAGACGGCUCGUGGGGACCUUGGAGUCCAUUUGGUUCCUGUUCCAGAACCUGUGGAGGUGGCAUCAAAAAUGCAGUUCGAGAAUGCAACAAGCCAGAGCCGCGGAACGGCGGGAAGUACUGUGUCGGCCGAAGGAUGAAAUUCCGAUCUUGCAACACGGAACAUUGUCCAAAGCAAGAGAAGGACUUCAGAGGGGGGCAGUGCACACAGUUCGAUGGCAAACAUUUCAACAUUAACGGCCUACCUCUAAAUGUCCGAUGGGUUCCCAAAUACAGUGGAAUUCUGAUGAAGGAUCGCUGUAAGUUGUUCUGCAGGGUGGCUGGUACGACAGUCUACUACCAACUCAGGGACAGAGUUAUAGACGGCACUCUCUGCGGGCCAGACACCAACGAUGUGUGCGUGCAAGGACUCUGCCGGCAAGCUGGAUGCGACCACGUAUUGAAUUCGAAGGCACGGAGAGAUAAGUGUGGCGUUUGUGGCGGGGACAACUCCUCGUGCAAAACAUUGGCAGGCACCUUUAGUACCGUCCAUUACGGAUAUAACGUGGUCGUACGAAUACCAGUUGGUGCUACAAACAUUGAUGUGCGGCAGCAUAGUUAUUCAAGGAAACCAGAAGACGACAACUACCUUGCUUUGGCGAACAGUCGAGGAGAAUUUCUCUUGAAUGGAGACUUUGUGGUCAGCAUGUUUAAAAGGGAAAUCAAGGUGAGAGGAGCGAUGAUAGAAUACAGUGGGUCAGAUAACGGAGUGGAAAGGAUCAACUGUACGGAUCGGAUUGGAGAGGAGCUGAUCGUUCAGGUUUUGUCUGUGGGCAACCUGUACAAUCCCGAUGUGCGAUAUUCGUUCAACAUUCCCAUUGAAGACAAGGCUCAGCGCUUUUAUUGGGACCAGUUUGGCCCUUGGCAAGAUUGCAACAGGCUUUGUCAAGGUGAAAGGAAGAGGAGACCGAUUUGUACCAGAGAGAGCGAUCGCCUUGUUGUCUCUGAUCAGAGAUGUGAUCAAAUGCCUCGCCCCGCUCCAGUUACCGAAUCAUGCAACGCAGAGUGCGAAAUACGAUGGCACAUUGCCAGGAAAAGUGAAUGUACCGCCCAGUGUGGGCCGGGCUACAGAACCUUGGACAUCUACUGCGCAAAAUAUAGUCGGCCGGAAGGGAAGACAGAAAAGAUCGAUGAGAGGUACUGCAGCUACCAAGUGAAACCGGACAACAAGGAGGCCUGUCGUGGAGACUGCAACGCAGGAGGGUGGCAAUACUCAUCAUGGUCUGAGUGUUCUAAGAGUUGCGGCAGUGGCACGAGGAGACGGGGUGCUGUUUGCGUCAACGUCAUGGGCACGGUCCUUGGAGACAGCACGUGCAGUCAACAGGAGAAGAUGAUCGUCCAACGAUGCAAAGAGUACAUGUGUCCCGUCUGGAAAACCGGAGAAUGGUCUGAGUGCUUGGUGACGUGCGGGAAGGGAUUCAAGCAUCGUCAGGUUUGGUGCCAAGUUGGAGAGGAGCAGCUGGAUAAUGGGUUUUGUAACUCUGCGACCAAGCCCGAGUCAGCCCAGCCUUGUCAACAGCAGGAGUGUGCAGCGUGGCAAGUGGGGCCAUGGGGACAGUGCACAACCACGUGCGGGAAUGGCUAUCAGAUGCGGGCUGUUCGAUGCAUUGCUGGGUCGUAUGGCACAGUGGUCAAUGACAAUGAAUGCAACGCUGCUACCAGGCCCAGAGAUACCCAGGACUGUGAAAUAACUCCUUGCCCCGAUGCACAUCCAGAGGAAAGAAUACCGAAUCAGAUGGCCUACACAACGAAGUGGAGAUUUGGAUCGUGGACUCCUUGUUCGGCCACCUGUGGUAAGGGAACGAAGGAACGCUACGUUAGUUGUCGAGAUCUUCAUGGAGCGGUGGCGGAUGAGUCCGCUUGCUUGCAUCUCCCCAAGCCCCCAUCCCGAGAGGAAUGUCUUGUUACCCCUUGUGGUCGCUGGAAAACCCGUGAGUGGACACAGUGUUCAGUGACGUGUGGCCAAGGCAAGGCGACCCGCCAGGUGAUCUGCAUGAACUACAAGAGCCAGGUGAUUGGCGAGAGUGAGUGUGACCCGGACGACCAGCCCAGGAUCGAGCAGGAGUGCUCCAUGCCAUCGUGCAGCCAGCGACACAACGGCUACCUCUUCCCCCGGCCCAAGAUGCUGCCCACACACGGGGACCCCGACUACACCCAGCUCCGCGGCAGUCAGUGGAGAACCGGCCCCUGGGGAGCGUGUUCGAGUACGUGCGCGGGAGGGUUCCAGCGGCGCGUGGUCGUCUGCCAGGAUGAGGAUGGGUACGACGCCAACAAUUGCGCGGAGCAGGCCAAGCCUGUGGAGAUGAGGUCAUGCGAGUCUGGACCUUGCCCGCAGUGGAUCUACGGCAACUGGGGAGAGUGUAACCGCGAGUGCGGAGGGGGAGUGAGAACAAGGCUCGUUAUUUGCCAGCUGCCAAACGGACGGCGGCUAAACGAUCAGAACUGUGAAAUUCUGGACAAGCCGCCCGAUCGCGAACAGUGCCACACGCGAGCGUGUCCCACAGAUGAUGCCUGGCACCGUGGCCGCUGGAGCUUGUGCUCCAUGUCCUGCGGGAAGGGAAGUAAAUACCGUACCGUUUACUGCAUGAAUAAAGAGCGGAAGGAAGUGGAGGAAGAGAAUUGUCAACAUCUGGAGAAACCAAAAUCACUGAAGCGAUGUCGAGGGGGCAGGUGUCCCAAAUGGAAAACAGGAGAAUGGACGCAGUGUUCGGCAUCGUGUGACAGUGGAUUUCAGCAUCGAGAUGUCGGCUGCCAGAUCUUGAACCAAAGCAUUGAAGAUUCCCAGUGCAGCCCGUCGGCCAAACCUGCCUCGGCUCAGCACUGUCAGCGUGGAUUGUGUGUGCUGUACAGCUGGCAUGUUGGAGACUGGGAGAAAUGCUCUGCGACCUGUGGUGCGGGAACCAGGCAUCGCAAGGUGACCUGUAUCAACCAGAACCAGGAAGAAGUGCAUGGUAUUGAAUGCAAUGCAAGCCAAAGGCCGCCCAGCGUGGAGCAGUGCAAAAGUCAACCUUGUGAAUACAUCUGGAUCACAGGAGAGUGGUCGGAGUGCUCAGUAACUUGUGAGAAUGGCUACCAGCAGAGGCUUGUAUCGUGCAGUGAGGUUUACAAUGGUAAGGACCUCUAUGAAUAUGGCUACUAUCACCAGAUUACAACUAACUGCCCCGGGACACCGCCGCCCAACAUCCGAACCUGCUCUCUUGGUGAAUGUCCUGUUACUGCUUCAUGGCGGGUUGGCAAUUGGGCAAGUUGUUCGGCAAGCUGUGGAAUGGGGGUCAUGCAGCGAUCGAUAUACUGCUUAACAACCGAUGGCCACUUCAGCAACUCCUGCAACACGGAUCUCAAGCCAGAAGGGAGGAGAAUGUGCCAGACUGGGAAAUGUGAGUUUCCGCAAAGCUGCACAGAUGUUCAGCGACUGAAGGGAUUCAUCGAAGAUGGUGAUCACAUCCUUAAUAUCCAGGGGAAGCGUAUAAAGGUCUACUGCGCUGAUAUGCUGACGGAUAGCCCAAGAGAGUAUAUCACACUGACUGGUGGCGAUUCGGAAAACUUUUCCGAAGUUUACGGCUAUAGGUUACAUAACCCUGCCGAAUGUCCUUACAAUGGCAGCAGGAGGGAUGAUUGCCAAUGCAGAAGAGAUUAUUUAGCGGCUGGCUAUUCCACUUUCAGAAAACUAAGACUAGACACCAACACACUGCAAAUUAUAACGACAGACUUGUUCUUCGCACAGACACUGGAAGGUCGGCCGGUGCCUUUCGCCACGGCCGGAGACUGCUACAGUGCUGCCCGAUGUCCACAGGGCCAAUUUAGUAUCAAUCUCUCUGGAACAGGACUCAGAGUGUCUGAAUCCACCAGGUGGAUAUCACAAGGAAAUUAUGCUGUUGUACAAAUACAAAGAUUGAUGAAUGGUGCCAAGGUGACUGGGAAGUGUGGAGGUUAUUGUGGCAAGUGCAUACCACAUUCCGGGACAGGACUACACGUACAAUUGCUCUAGCUCAGUAGGUGCUCCAGGUUUGUGGGCUAUUUACAACAGUGGAGCUGGAUUGAGAUGAAGGUCAACUCAUACAUACCUCUGCGUAUCUGUAGAUAAAUCUGGACAGGUCGAUGUAUAAUAUUGUAUUUAUGAUCUCCAUUUAUAUUUAUUUCUCUCAAGAUUGUUUUGUGAAAGGAUACUUUAAUUUUUUGAGCUUUCCAACAGUGAAAAGCACUGUUUGUACAUACAGUACACACUAUGUAGUUGUGUAAGAUAAGGAUAUUUUAUUGGCACGGCACUGUCUUUUUUUAAUUAUUUACUUAUCAUAACACAUCCGAUAAACCAAAAGUAGGCUGAUGGGUUUUUUUUUUUAAAUGGUGGUGCUAUGUAUUAUAUUUAAAGAGUGUUUUUAACUUUGAAAUUACCUCUGCACUUUUAAUCAGGAAACAGAUGAAUAUGUACUGUUUGUUAUCAUAUUAUAAGUAAUUUUGAUAAAGGUUUUGUAAAUAUAUGGGUAUGUUAUUGCACUGGUAAGCUUCAUUAGAUGUUAAUAACCAAAAUGAGUACACGCAUAGCUCUGUGCUAAAUAGAAGUAAUUCCACACAAUCAUUGAUACAUAAAGGGAAUAGAAAUCGUCUGUACAGUAGGAAUAUUCUUAUUCCACGAUGCGUUAACCUGGUGCUACUGGUAAUUGCGUGCGAAAUAUUAUCGUAUGCUUUUGCCCAUUGACACGCCCAUUGAGGUUUGUGUAAAAUAUACGUGUAUUAAGGAUAUGGUAUUACAAGUUUCAUAGCAUAUUAGUUAUUGAUUAAAGCAGCAAAUUAAAUUGCUAAGAAGAGAGCUGCAGAAGAAUUUGACCCAAUACAAUCUAGGUGGUGAAAUAUAGUUUUAACAUCGCCGAGGCAUCUUAGUAAAUUGCUGGAGAGAAAGGGGAAUGUUAACAUUUGCACUGAUGUUUUAGAGACAUAAAAUACUUUGGUGCAUAAAAGACGUUGGUGCUAUUCCUGGGUGCAUGCAAAUAUCAAUCUAGGAUUUCUUGGCAAUAUGAUCCAGAUAUAUUGAUUUUGUAAACUUUUUUUUAAGCUUACAGUGUGUUCCAUCCCACUGUGUGUAAACAUUUCUAUUGAAUGAAGAAGAGAUACUAUAAACUGUACAUUGUUACAUUAUUCAAAGCUGCUUUGCAGAACAUGUCCAAGAAUAAAUUCAACAACUAAGUUACAGAGAUAGGUUGAAUAAGUUAGGUCUUUAUUCUCUGGAGCGCAGAAGGUUAAGGGGGGACCUGAUAGAGGUCUUUAAAAUGAUGAGAGGGAUAGACAGAGUUGAUGUGGACAAGCUUUUCCCUUUGAGAAUAGGGAAGAUUCAAACAAGAGGACAUGACUUCAGAAUUAAGGGACAGAAGUUUAAGGGUAAUAUGAGGGGGAACUUCUUUACGCAGAGAGUGGUGGCGGUGUGGAAUGAGCUCCCAGUGGAAGUGGUGGAGGCAGGUUCAUUGGUAUCAUUUAAAAAUAAAUUGGAUAGGCAUAUGGAUGAGAAGGGAAUGGAGGGUUAUGGUAUGAGUGCAGGCAGGUGGGACUAAGGGGAAAAAAAAAAAAUUGUUCGGCAUGGACUUGUAGGGCCGAGAUGGCCUGUUUCCGUGCUGUAAUUGUUAUAUGGUUAUAUGGUUAAAUUGAAGUAAAUCAAACACAGGUCACUGCUUUGUUAAUAAAGUCACAACAGACAGGUACAUAGAUGGGAAAGGUUUAGAGGGAAAUGGACCAAAUGCGGGCAAAUGGGACCAGGUUAGACAGCCAUCUUGGUCGGCAUGUGCUAGUCGGGCCGAAGGGCCUGCUUCCGUGCUGUAGGACUCUAUGCCUGAUAAUGUAAUUACCGAACCAUUAUUAUUAACUUGUAACUGUGUCAGUAAGUUUGAAAGUCAAUGAGCGCUGAGACAAAUAAAAUUCAUCUGAAAGAGGUCACUUACAUUUAUAGACAUUGUAUGUGAAUACUUGAUUUAGAAGUAGUUAUUGAAUUUUUAACCAAAAUACUAAUCACCUAAUUAGAAUAGUUUCACAGUUAAAAUAGCAUAGCUUUACUCUUCAUACCUAAAAUUAGGGGGGAAAAAUGCUCUGUAACUUAGAUGUGAUUCAUUAGAAAUGAUCCAAACAUCAUGUUCGCAAUAUAUUUCAUUAAUGCCUUCCAUAAAAAAACAAAACUCCAUUUACAGAUAUCAAAUUUUAUUUUACAUCAAAUGCAACGCCUGAAGUUAUUGCAUCAAAAUACAGGGCAAACUUUGCAAUAGAUCUGACAUCUCAGCCCACAGACACAUUUUAAUUUCACGGUUUGCAAUAAAUCUUGAUUAUAUGGCAUUUGGACACGUUUGUUUUCUUUUUUAAGUUAUAAGCAACUGCGCCAUUUAAUUCAGUGUGUCAGCCAAAUGACUAUUUGAACACUUGUAUGAAUUCUAGCAGUUGUACUCAUUGUUAUAGCAAGGGAAUUUAUGUCAUUAUUUAGUAGUGUUACACUGUGCACUACAAUAUAGUAGACCAAUGUUACAUUAUUAAAGAUGUUAUUCAUAGCUAAAAUAUAUUUAUGACAAGUAUUAAAAUAUGCACUGGUAACUUUCAAAAAAUUGUUCACUCUGUAACAAAUAAAUUAUUUUAUUAUA